AGACGCCUGCUGACUGAGGCAUCAACGGAAAUGUCUCCGACACCGCUCCUCCUCUUGUUGUUGCUGUGUGGCACGUGCUACUGUUCGUGUCCAGACUCGUGGACUUCAUAUGGCUCGUCUUGCUAUUACUUCACUUCACAGCUGCUCACGUGUAUCGAAGCUGCAUCUCAUUGUGUGCAACUUGGUGGCAAUCUUGUCGAAAUAAAUAACCUCAUUGAGGAGAUCUAUGUGCGGACUACACUCACCAGCCUCAACGUGCUUCAGGCGUGGAUUGGACUGAAGUACAACCAGCAGCAGGACCAGUGGUUGUUGAAGUCCACUGACGCAGGGAGUUGCUGGGCGUUUGCAGUAUCAAACAAUCAGAAUGGAAACGAAGGUGGUGUUGCCAUCGGGAUCAGUUCACUCGAGUUGCCGUCAGUCUGCGAGAAAAGUUCAACUUAAAGUGAGAGACUAAACCUGUGACCACGAGGAAGCCAGGCUGUCCCACACCCGCCAGUCUCGUGGCAACAGAGCCUGUGAGUCUGACGACAAAGCCGAUGAAACUGAUGUGAACGGUCUGAGUGUGGGACACAGAUGUCACUAGGCACAAUAAAUUAUCUCUGCAUGAAAA